AUGGUCGAGCAGCCAAAGAUUAAGACAAAUUGGCCAAUGGAAUCUCAAAUGGUUAGGGUGUACACCAAAAAGAAAUGGUUGGAUUUUCAAAGUGAAAUAAGUGUGAGUCAUGGUUAUUAUGUGCAACAAGCAUCUAUAGUUGGUGAUUUAGUAGGUUACCAUGUCAUGAAUUUUCAAAGUGGUUCAUCUACAAAAUCAAGGGUCCUCACGCAUGACAAACAUGCAGACUACAUAUCGUGUAGUGGUAGUAAAUUUGAGUUCGAGGGCAUUCUAUAUAGGCAUAUGUUAACUUUUUUUCGUAUCAACCAAGUGUUUCUACUGCCUGAUAAGUACAUACUCAAUAGAUGGACAAGAAAUGCCAAGGUUGGGGCAAUCUAUGAUUUUGGUGAGCAAACUUCCAUCGGCAGUCCAUAUGCGAAAUUGAUGGCAAGACACUCGAGGUUGUCCUAUAAAGCUUCAGUAGUGAUCGAUGUUGCAUCUUUGAUUGAUGAGGGGAUAAACCUUUUGGAUGACCAAUUCGAUUGUAUAUAUAGUAAAAUUCAAGAGCUGAACAUUAGCCGAAAAAGUGACAACCAAAGUCAAAGGAAGAAAGGCAUAGAUGGGGGCCCCUCUAUUGUUGAUCCUUCUUUAGUAAGGGCAAAGGGUUGUGGAAAAAGAUUGAAAUCUUCAAAAGAGAUGUCAACCUCAAAGUCCAAGCUAUGUCAUGGAUGCGGUCACCAAGGUGUCUCACACGACAAGCGCAACUGUCCAUUAUUGCAGCAGGGAUCAACUGCUACAGAGAAGGAGAAUACCAACGAUGAUGAAUCCUAUGAAGAAGAUUUGGUUCUAACACCUUGCCCUUUGCGUUAUGAGGAUAGGUUUGCCAAACUCUCGGUGAACGGUUAUGACUGA